AUGCAUGUAUUUCAAAGAAACUCAGAUUCUAAAGCUACCUAUUUGUUACUCUAUGUUGAUGAUAUGAUUCUAAUAAGCAAAGACAGAAGUAAUAUAGACUCUCUCAAGACAUUAUUAAGGUCAGAGUUUGAAAUGAAGGAUCUGGGAAAAACUACUAGGAUACUUGGGAUAACAAUAAGCAGAGACAGAGAAAAAGGGAAGAUGAACCUUGGACAGAAGGACUACAUACAAAAAAUCUUGGAUAAAUUUUCUAUGAACAAUGCUAAGAUCACUACGCUACCAAUUACCAGCCAACAUCAAUUGUCUAAAGAGCAAUGCCCCAAAACACAGGAAGAAGCAGAUUACAUGAACAGAGUCCCUUAUUCUAAUGCAGUAGGAUCCCUAAUGUAUCUAAUGGUGUGUACAAGACCUGAUCUAUCCUAUGCAAUGAGCUUACUAAGCAAAUACAUGUCAAAUCCGGGUAAACCUCAUUGGGAAGCUAUGAAGUGGACACUAAGGUACCUACUGGGAACUAUGGAUACUGGACUCACUUACAAGAAACAGAACUAUACUCUAAGAUUAGAAUGGUACAACGAUGCAAACUAUGCAGGGGACAGAGAUCAAAGAAGGUCAACUUCUGCAUACUAUUUUCUUAUAGGUGGGAAUUGCAUAAGUUGGAGGGUUCAGUUACAGCCUGUAGUAGCCUUAUCUACAACUGAAUCAAAAUAUAUUGCAGUGACAUAG